GCGGGCUGGUGGAUGAUGGGGUUUGGAGUUCCCCCCUGCCGGGAAGCCUUCGGACAUCCGAGCGAAUGCCCGGCCGGCGGGCAGGAAAGAACCAAGAAAACUUGGGCCGAGAAACUGCUGUCGGAAGAAUUGGAGCCGGUGGUGCUCUCCUCCAGCUGGAACAACCAAGGCAAGUUCCUGCACCAUUUUGCCCAGGAGGGGGCGCUGCGGCAUCGAAGGCAAGCGGAGAAAGGGAAGCGAUUACGGCCUUGCAGGUCGGGAACCAUCUGCGCAGCCCACUAUGAAGUGCAAGCCACCGUAGGACGAGCUGGGAUGCAGGCAGAUGCCAACGGGACCAUCCGCGGAUGGGCGGAGGCCAAGCUCAACGCCACCAACCCCCUGCGCUACGACAACAGCCGCGGAGAGUUCACGGUGAUCAAGAGGGGCCUUUAUUACCUGUACUGCCAGGUCCACUUCAACGAGGGGAAGACGGUCUACAUGAAGCUGGACGUGAUGUUGAGCGGCCAGCUGGCCUUGCGCUGUUUGGAGCAGUUCCCCCCCACUAGCUCGGGACCCCGGGAAGCCGAACUGCACGUGUGUCAGGUUUCCGGAUUGCUUCUCCUGCGUCCCGAAGCCUCCAUCCGUCUUCGCACCAUCCCGGACGUCCGUCUGAAAGCGGACCGCUACCUCACCUAUUUCGGUCUCUUCCAAACUGAUGUUUGGGUCCCGGCCAGCAGGGGGCGGCAGAACCCCAAGGAAGUGGAUGCUGGACUUUCGCCCGAACAAGGAAGGCUGAAAGGUCAAAGGGUCUGGCUGGAAAGCGGGGAACGGGGCCGAGAGCCCUGCCGCAGUGGGGAGGGGAGAUCGGUCAUGUCUGGGGGUCCUCCUGACCCCUCGGGGGACCCUUGCCACGCAAACCCUUCUGGAUCUGCGGCGGAGCCUAGCCCUAAACCGGGCACCCCCCUAGGCGAAGGCUGCGGUUGCAAGCCUAGAAUUAUCUGGGAGGCCAAUUUGGGGGGGCCUAGCCCUCCACUUUUGGGGACUCGGGGGGUCCCAGAUUUGGGCCCUGUGGGGCAAGAAGCCCCCAAGGAGAAGCUUAGCUCGGGGAAGAAAGCGGAAAGAACGAUGCCUGUCAAGAUUUGGAGGGGGGUGUUAAGCCCCUUCCCGGGGCUGGAUUCCUGGGGGCUGAGGCAGCAGCGCCCCCCAACCCCCUGGGCCGUCGUGGGGGUCCUGGCGGUGGGUCUUCUGGCCUGUCUCUUCGUGCUGUUCAGCAUCCAAGCCAGUCUGGAAAGCUUGAGAGAGGAGCUGGCGGCGCUGCGGAGAGAAGGGGUGUGCCAGGCCACCGGGACGGACGACAACCGGGAGGCCCCCGACUCACGGCAGAGGGAUGUUGGUGGCCCGGUGCCCCCCGAGCGAAGGACGAGACGGACAAGGGAUGUGGGGAAGACACCUCAGGACCUGCUCGCACGUCCCCGCAGAAAACAUUCGGUCUUGCAUUUGGUCCCCGCUCGUCAUUCCAACAACGAGGAGGGCGAUGCCACGGAGAUCUGGUGGGCCCCUUUCCUGCAGCAGGGCCGGGCCCUGGAGCCCAGCGGGCAAGAUGUGGUGGUCAAACACACCGGCCUCUACUUCGUUUACAGCCAGGUGCUGUUCCAUGACCCCACUUUUACCAUGGGACAGGUCCUACGGCGAGUGGCCCUAGGCAGGCCGGAUCAAAUCCUUUUCCGCUGUAUCCAGAGUAUGCCCCCCAAGGUGGAGAAGGCGUAUAACAGCUGCUACAGUGGAGGGGUUUUCUACCUGCAGCAGGGAGACCGUCUGAGUCUGCGCAUCCCCCGUUUCAACGCUUCCUUCGACAUCUCCACCCACGGGACUUUCCUGGGCGUACUCCGUUUGUAGACAUGCGAGAAUCUUUGCAGCCCCACCCCCACCCCCCUAUCCCACCUCUGAGAAGGAUCCCCAGAAAUCCUGGGGUUCUAAAUCCAGAAGCGGCUUCUUCAUUGCGGAUUUGGAGCCAGGUAGACUUGACACAGCCUGGAUGAUCGGAUGCAGGAAAGAGACCGAUUCAAGAUGACAGUGGCUGAGAUUUCCUGCAGAAAAGCGGGGUGGGGGGGCAAACGGAGCCCACCCUGGCUUUGGUUUCCGGGACCCCGUUGGAGAUCCUUCAGCUGGGAGAGCCUGAGAAUUGGCCCUUUGAGUUUGGAUCCAGCGAGAUCGAAGUCGCAGUCAAUAUUUUCUUGCCUUUUGGAAUGACCUUUUGCAAAUGUCCAGGAACCGAGAGAUCUCGUCCAGUGUUUCUCAAAUUGGCCGCUUUAAGACUCGUGGAUUUUAACUCCCAGAAUUCUCCAAUCAGCUCUUUUUCUUUCACUUUGCUGAAUAUCAAGAUAUAUUAUGUUUACUGCAUACCCACCAUCUACUAAGAAAGUUACCCUUAUCAAAAAUUGCAAUAAAGGUCGUCUAGCCGCCUUUGUUGUUGUCCUAUCCGUGCUGAAUUCUGGGAAGCCCUUCUCGGCUGGGGAAUUCUGGGAGUUGAAGUCCAACUCUUAAAGCGGCCAAGUCUGACAAACACUGGGAUAACUCCAAUUUGCUGAAUCCCUCCUUUUUUCUGAAGUGUCCCACAAAAAGGUGGAUGAAAUUCAGAUCGUUCUCAACUUGUGUCUGUUCGUUUGGGGACCUAAGUUACAACAGCGCUCAAAAAAAAAAAAAAGGAUCUUACGACUGCUCCUCACACUUACGACGUAGCGUCCUCAUGGUCCCCUGAUCAAAAUUUGGGCGCUUGGCAGCUGGCAUGUAUUUAUGAUGGUUGCAGAGUCCCGGGGUUACGUGAUCUCCCUUUUAUGAUCUUCCCGUGCUGACAAUGCGGGAAGCCGGAUUCGCUUAACAACUCCAAUUCACUCCAAAACCGCGGUAUCAAAUCCGGGGCGACUCACUUAAGAACCGCCUUGCUUAGCAAUGGACGUUCUGGUCUCAAUUGCCAUCGUAAGUCGAGGACUAGCUGGAAAGCAGCAGAGGCACCGUUAACCCCUGGUUUAAACCUUUCUUCCAAAUGCAAUACCGGUUUGAUACCCCCUUUUUACCAGGUUGGUGGGGGGCCGGGGGGGGGGGGGGAACUUGCCAAAUAUUUGGUCUCAUUUUACAAUCGCAAUGCACAAAAUCUUGCAAGGAUUCCAAGAUCUUUUCUAUUUGCCAUUUGCAACCGUUUGCAUUUUAAUUAGGAAAAAAAAUAUGUAUUUUUGCCCUGGGCAAAAGAUUGUGGAUAUAACCAUUAUUAUUUUUUUGAAGGGUGGGGGGAAAGCACUUUUUAAAAAUAAUAAUAAAAAAAGUUUUUUUUUUUAAAAAAAACCUUGCACAUUUUGGGCAUGGAGGGUGGAUACUCAGUGCAAAUUGCACCCACGGGAAUCGGUGGGGCUUUCACUCGGGAGGCUUCGGUGGAGUGAUUUGAAUUGGAAUGGCGGGAUUCAACCCACAAAAUGAGUGGGAAUAAUGCAGAAAACUCCGUAUUUUGCAGCUUGGCACUGAACGCCGCCGGAAGCAGAAAACAGGUCUGCAUUAUUAUUAGCUCUUUGUUAUCCUCCUGACGCUCCCUGCAGAGAGAUCUCGCGUGGAGACGCUAAAAUCUCGCGAGACUCAAGCGGAAAAGGGACAAACACAGAGCAUAACAAUAACAUAGAGGUAGGAAUCGUUUAGAGGGACUCCCUUUCUUUCUCUACCACUAGGUGGAGCUUUCGGGUUCAGUCUCCAACCUUGGUCCCUUUAAGACUUGUGGACUUCAACUUCAAAGCUGGCUGAGGGACUCUGGGAGUUGAAGUCCACAAGUCUUAAAGGGACCAAGGUUGGAGACCCCUGCUCUAUUCUGUUUUUAACCCAGGGAAAAUGUGUGAGCCACAACACAAAUCCACAAUUUUGACAUGGCUGUAAAUCAGUGGUGCUAUUCAGCCGGUUCGCACCGGUUCGGGCGAACCGAUUGCGGAGAUCGCGUUUGAGGCUUGCCCACCCACGCCCUGUCUCUUAUGCGUGCGUGAGCAAAGCCCGUGUGCAAGAAGGCCAGGUGCAUGUGUGCAAGGCGAGCAUGCACGUGAAGCGAGCGUGUGCGUGCGCACGGGGAAGCGGUGGUAGCAAAAUGCGAAACCCACCGUUAGCUGAAUUAACAAGGGUAAAACCCUCGUCGGAGCAAACGUGGCUUCCUCCUCCGCUCGGCUGAGAGUGUGUGAAUGGAAGAAUUUGCACUCUGAUCCUUUUCAAGCCGGUUGUAAUUCUGCAUUCUCUCUUUUUUUUUAUUGAAAAAGUUUUACAACAACAAUUAAAUUUUUCCCCUCCCCUCCCCCGACUUCCCCCCUCCCUCCAACCCCCCCCCCACUUCAACGAGCAAACACAAGGUAUAGUUCAAUAAACAAACAGUCAUACAUUAAAUUUUUAAAAUCUAACAUAAUUAUAAUCCUUCUCUCUCACAUAACCUGACUUCUUCCAUUAAAAUCAAAAACAACGUCCUUCAUUCAAAGGCAAUCUGAAAUUUCUUAAUCUGAUAUCUAUUUUGAAUAUAAUCAAUCCAAUUCUUCCAUUCGUUUAGAUAUUUUUCUUGAGUACUGUCUUACUGCAUUCUGCAUUCUCAAUCCUGCAUUCUGCAUUCGGUAUUUGCAUUCUGCAUUCUAUAUUCUGCAUUUUUAUAUUCUGUUUUCUGUAUUCUGCAUCCUUCGUUCUAUAUUUGCAUUCUGCAUUCUGUAUUUCGCGUUCUGCGUUCUAUAUUCUUCCUUCUGCAUUUGCGUUCUGCAUUCUAUAGUCUGCAUUCUGCGUUUGUAUUCUGUAGUCUGCAUUCCAUAAUUUGCAUUCUUCAUUCUAUAUUCCGCAUUCUGUAUUUUUAUCGAAGGAGAUGGGGAGGGUCAAACUUCAGCCUUCCAGAAAGGAACAAGAGGGGGAAAAAAUAUCCCCCCCCCAAACCGGUGAAUGGGUAGGGGAGAGGUGGGGGGUGUCCCCGAGUCACCCCUAUGGAAUUGCACUGCCUAAUUUGGGUAGAAUUGGAAGUGGGGUGUGGGUGGGUGUGGGUCUAGAGCUGCGAAGAAAUGGGGCUCGGCUUGGCUGCCGCUUCCUCCAGCAGCUUCAGAAGGGGCUCCCUGUCAAUCCGGAAGACAUGCCAAUCAUCAUGGAGGGUGACAUCAACGGCGCCUCUCCUGUGGAAGAAAUCGUUCGUGGCCUGGUCCUUCUGAGCCGAGAGGAACCGGAAUUGGGAGCAUCCUUUUUCCAGGGUCAUCUGGGGACAAGAGGUUAAAAACCAGGUUCAUUAGAGCUUGGGCUGUAGGGAAGGCUUUACCUCGAUUAGAUGGCUUUUAACAUUCCUAAACUGAAAAGCUAAUUUACCGAAGGAUGCCCGAAGACUGAACUCCGGAUGAGAAAAAAGUUUCUUCGUCUCACCUGGUAUCUGGGUUAUCUAACUUCAAACAAAGUUUGUGGCUGAUUUACGAUGCAAAGGUGGGGAUUAUCUCUUAUCUUGUCCAACCAACUCUCCUCCUUCGGGUUUUUCUGUGUGUGUGUUAUUUUGCUGAUAUAUCCUUCUUUAUAUAUAUAUAACUAAACCAUUCUUUUUUUUCCAAAGCGGAGGCAACAAAAUGUACUCCCAGUUUUGAG